AAGGCUUAUUUGGAACGCAAGGGGUCCUCAAGUGGCCACGACAUUCACGUCGCAAGUCCUUUUUUUCCCAACCCUGCCCGGCGCGGAUCGACUUUUCUUGUUCCCCUUCUUUUCUCGCAUUGGUCCAUUGGCUCUGCACUCGGAGUCUCUGGCAAAUCGUGUCUUCAACAGCUGGCUUCCUGAUCCAGCGUUCGCUUGUUGCUGCCGCCGCAGUAUCUUGCGACCUCCGUCAACCUCCUCGUUGACCUCCUAGUCGAUACGCUUCCGACCACCUGUCAUCGCGCCGCUCGACGUAUCAUGCAAAGAUGAAGAUCUCCUACCUUUCCGUUGGGCUUCUGGCCGUGCUGAGCCCCCUGACGGCAGCAUGGAGCAAAGAAGAUCGUGAAAUCUUCCGCAUUAGAGAUGAGAUCAUGGCCUACGAGACGGACCCGUCUGUCACCUUUUACGACAUCAUUGGCGUUGUUCCCUCUGCCACCCAGGAUGACAUCACCAAGGCGUACCGCAAGAUGACCCGCUCCCUCCAUCCCGACAAGGUCAAGCAGAAGCUCAAGAACGAGAAGGUCAAGAAUGAGAAGAACUCGGGCGUCAACAUCAAGCCUCCUACUCCUGCCCAGAUCAAGACUGCUGUCAAGAAGGCCAGUGAGGCCCAGGCUCGCCUCGGCCUCAUUGUCAACAUCCUCCGCGGCCCUGAGCGCGACCGCUACGACCAUUUCCUGAACAAUGGCUUCCCCCGCUGGAAGGGCACCGACUACUACUACAACCGAUACCGCCCUGGUCUGGGAACGGUCCUCACCGGCCUGUUCCUCGUUCUUGGCGGAGGCGUCCACUACCUGAUCAUGUACAUGAGCUGGAGGCGCCAGCAGGAGUUUGUCCAGCGCUACAUCAAGUUCGCCAGGGAUACCGCCUGGGGCAAUGGUCUCAACAUGCCGAUCCUUGAGACUGCGCCUACGCCGCCUCCCGCGCCGGCUUCUGACGAAGACGAAGGCCCCCCUCAGCCCAUGAACCGGAGACAGCGAAGAAUGCAGGAGAAGGAGACUAAGCGCGAGGGCUCAAAGCCCGCCGGAAAGAAGGUCCGCAAGGCCCAGACCCCCGCGAAGGACACCUCAGCUUCACCCGCUGCGCCAUCUGGUGCGCGCAAGAGGGUCGUCGCUGAGAAUGGCAAGAUCCUCAUUGUUGACUCCCUGGGAGAUGUGUACCUUGAGCAGGAGGAUGAAGAAGGAAUUGUCAAUGAGUUCCUCCUUGAUCCCAAUGAGAUUGCCAAGCCCACCUUCACCGACACCGCUGUCUUUCGCACUCCCAUCUGGCUUUUCAACUUGACUGCCGGUCGUUUCAUCCCCAAGAAGCCUGCCGACCUCGAGAUCGAGGUCGAGCUCGAUGACGAUGAAUCGGAUGUGCCCCAGCGCACCCCGAGCACCGACUCCGCAGGCGAGGACUUUGAGAUCCUCGACAAGAGCACCGACUCGUUGAACAAGGCCAAGGCCUCGGGCGCCCAGCAGGGAGCCAAGGCCAACAAGAGAAAGGGGAGAAAGAAGUAAACGGGACGGAUCGCGCUUGGUUGCUUGAUCCGUAGAUAGCCGCCGUACUAAAAUGUUGCGAUGAAAAUAGAACGGCAUGCUAGGUGGCUCCCUUAUGGCCUCUGAUGCUAAUGUUUUGCGCCUCGAGGAAGCAAAUUUUGCGUAGUUCUAACUUAGAAUAUGUUGUCCUCAACGACCCUUGUGAAUAUAAAGACCGAUCCGCCCUUUUCUUGA